CAAGUGUUUUAUGUUUAUAAGUGUCAGACUGCCAGUGAAUUUUAGGUUAAUAAGUGGAUGAACUGCGAGGCCGGUGAGAGCGUUGUGUGUCCAAAGUGCCAUUGAAAGGAGUUGCAAUCUAUCUUGCGAUUUCUUUAUCAAAAGACACCGCGCUCCGACGAGAAAACGUAUCGCGCGAUUAAAUGACAAGCGAUUAUGGCAACGCCCAUCUGUGAUAAGAGAGCGAGAGUGAUCGUUCUAGGUGACUCUUAUCGCUCGCGCAGGAUGCGGUUUCAUCGGUCGUAAUCUCGUGGAGUAUUUGCUGGAUAAUGAUCUGGUAUCAUAUGUCCGAGUUGUGGAUAAGGUGCCACCGCAGACCGCAUGGCUCAAUUCAAAGCAUCAGCGAAUGUUCGAGCACCCCUUGCUCGAAUUCAAAAGCGCUAACUUGAUUAACAUAGCAUCCUGUCAAAAUGCAUUUUUAUCCGAGGAGCCUAUUGAUUAUGUGUUCAAUUGUGCAGGAGAGACAAAGAGUGGUCUCACAGACCCAGUCUAUAAAGAAGGCAUUUAUAAAUUAAGCUUAAACUGUGCUCAACAAGCUGCCAAGAUUAAAGUUUUACGUUAUGUGGAGAUAUCUUCUGGCAACCUAAAUGCAUCGGAAAAGAUGCCUCAUAAGGAAGAGGAUGCUGGAGAACCAUGGACAUUUGUUGCAAAAUAUAAGUUACAAGUGGAACACGAACUGAAGAAUGUGCCAGGUUUGAAAUAUACUAUACUCAGACCAGCCAUUGUAUAUGGUUUUGGUGACAGAAGUGGCUUAGCCCCAAGAUUGGUAGUGGGUGCAGUUUAUAAACAUUUAGGGGAAAUGAUGAAGUUGCUCUGGGGACCAGAUCUACAUAUGAAUACUGUUCAUGUGAGAGAUGUUGCUAGAGCUAUCUGGCAUGUCGCAAAUAGGCCUGAAACAGUAAGCCAAACAUACAAUCUUGUUGACGAAGGAGAUUCCACUCAAGGCUCCAUUAGUGCCAUAGUGUCAGAACUGUUCAACAUUAACCAUGAUUAUUGGGGCACUGCGCUAUCUACACUGGCUAAAACUGAUAUGAGUUCUGUCGUUGAGGAGGUAAAUGACAAACACAUGGGUCCUUGGGCGGAAGCUUGUCGCAAAGACGGAGUGGAAAAUAGUCCUCUUUCUCCGUAUAUAGAUCAAGAGCUUUUAUAUAAUAAACAUCUAUAUUUGCAGCCUGGGAAGUUGUUGAACACCACAGGAUUUACAUACUUGUAUCCUAAAUUAACGAAAGAUGCUCUUACAGAGGUACUUAAUGAUUAUGUAAAUAUGAAAAUCUUCCCGCAUUCUUUGAUUUUGUGAACUUUAGUGACACCAAUGGGCCAAAUUUGGAUAUUGGACAAGCUUACGAUAGAUUCCAUAAGUAUCAGAUAUAUAUAUGGACGUCCAGCGCCGUUUCACCUUGUGCCUAGAAGGGUUCUAUACAGAUUACAUAUACUCUGUUAUACAUCUUUGACGUUUUACACGCAAACAAAUAAUAACUAAAUAAGACUAGAGCAUAUAUAUAUAUAUAAAAUAUAUAUAUAAAUGAAAUUUGAAGAUUUCGUAGAUGGGCCUAUUGCCAAUGUGAUAAAAUAGCAAUUAAUGUACUUAAUUUUACCGUAGUUGUCGAGAUACAAAACUUUUUCGCACCUUAAAGGUCUGCUAGUCAAAUAUUAAAAAAUUAUUUGGAACAAUGUUAAGGAUUUUAUGCAUGAAGAUAUAUAUAUACAAAUGCCUAAAUUUAAAAUAUUUAUAGUCUAUAAAUUGAUUUAGAAUAUUUUAGAGAUUUACUCAGUCAAGAAAGGAAAAAAAUAUGCUUUUUAUAUACCACUUUUCUCAUCCAAGACUGGAUUAUACCAAUAAAGUUAUUAAAAAUCUAUAUACGUUUUACAUUGUUAGAUAUGUUAGAUACAAAACUUUUUUUACAGCUACAUUCCAAGGUAUAUCUUCCAUAAACUGUGACUCAAAUUGUGAAAUUUUCUAUUCCAAUCAAAUAUUAUUAUUGCAUAACAUUAUCGAUAACUUGAAUAUGUAUGAUCUAAAAGAUAUUAUAUUAAAUCAAGUACAAACACUAUUAGAGAUAUAUGUAAAAAAUAUGAUAUAUCGAUAUACGAGCGAUUGUUCAUAUUGGUAGAUUUGUAUACAAAUCGCGCAUAUUCGCAUACAUUUAAUAUAAAAAAAAAAAAUGGAUUAUUUGUUUAGUGGCAUUAAAUGUCACAUAUAGUAAUAUUACACUUUUGAUGCUAUUGUUGCGCCUAUGUGGUUAUAGAUCUUUGAUAAUAAAGUUGCAUUUAUGAAA